GUUAGCGCUAUGUACCUCAGAGGGUGUAUGGGGGCCACGCGUGUGCCGCAGCCGCGAUAAUGUCCCAACUUUGAGCGUUGCUACGCAGCUACCGACCACCGUGAUGACACCCCGAUUCCUCGUCCAUAUUCUCAGAGCAUUUCGCAAAUGGCUUUUACGGCUUUCUCGCCGUUCUGCGAGUUCAUUAUCUAUUUUCUUGGUCUUUCUCUGUCGAUUUACUACGUGCCGUUUAAAGCCCGGAAUUAGGAGGCCGACCACCCAACCUCAUAUUUCCCGGGGGGCUAUCCCGCGACCUCUCGCAAUGGACAUCGUCGAAGAGGGUCCAUACACUUGUUCCAGUCUUUUGCCUCCUUGUGAAAUACAGGAAGUUGCAAGAGAGCCACCAUCUGCUUCAAAUUUCCCUUACGAAACAAGUUCUCGACCCUCAAGACAGAUAGUACGAGAGAAUACGUCAAUGUCUUUGCCAGAUGCAACGAGUUUGAUUCUGAGUAUGGGAGAGAGUCCGACGAAAUACGCAACUUACACGAAACGAGUUCGUUCUCGCCGGGUCACGAUCUAUAAUUCCGUCGGAGAUCUCCACCGUAGACCUACGGACCCUGUCGAUGUUCCCUUAGAUGUGUUCAACCGCGCUACACCAGUAUCUGAUCCGGUUAUAAGCUGUCACAACGUUGCUUCGCCCUACAGUCACGAGCAAUUGGGUCCAGAGCAACCGGGUUCAGGGCAAUCAGGCCCAGAUGCCAUCUUGCCAAUAGGCCUCCUGGUUGCAGAGGAAGUCAGGCGCCAUGAAAGGUAUACACCAAGGAGUUCUUUACCGUCCGAAAUCGUAGUCCCUGCCAUGACAGUGAAAUUUCCCAUGCACGACGCGGUUGUACCACCAGGAUGGACUACGCUCGUGCACCCGCAAGGUUCUCGCUACUUUGUGAACGUAGAAAGACGAACAUUCACACAAAUGAAUAUUUGCGACAAAGCGAUAUACAGUGACAUCAGACAUUUCAUGGAUAACUUGCUGCAUUCACUCUGUAAUGAAAAUGCCUCUUCUGGUUGGACGAGUACCCUACCAAGGAUAUUCUCUCAGAAUGUAAUGGCGUGGAAAAUCUUUCACACAUACGUGCGCAGUUCGUGGUUCUUAGUACUUGUUCCUGAUUUUGACAAUUCGUCUUGGUUUUUGAACUCAGGGCUUGCCAUCCAAGCACAAUAUUGGAAACAUUGCGAUUACUUCCCUUGCCUGUGCCCAAUUACAGCAAACCUUGUUGAUGAGGUGAAGGAUAUGUUGAUAUAUGCUGAAUGCGACCACCUAACCUCCCGCCACUCUACUGCACCAUUCGAUGUUAUCGAAACCAGAGACUAUAUCUCUCUCAUAGAUAAAAUCAAAGUCCAUCCCCCUGAGGACCAGAGCAUGGAGCGAUGUCACGCUGCCAUUGUUAUUGGCCGGAUCAUGUACGCAUUCAGUCGCAAUCACUUUAUCAACUCUCAUGGGGAGAACUGUGUGAGACUGGCAUUUGAACAAACAGUCCAUCCAUACACACCAUCGUUGUUGAUAGUUACUAUCGCACCCUUUUUGUUUUUGGAUCCUAUGGCUCUAGUCCGAGAACUGCACACGAUAUUUGUCGACAACACGCCUUCCUCAGAUCGGUGGAAUGCAUUCAAUUUAAACCUGAAUGGUCAGCUUCAGGACUCCACUCUUUUGGCCACUGUCUUACUCAAUGCCAAUGUUGGGUUUCUCGCUAUCAACAGCGUUGAUGUGGGCGGUAGAUCCCCCAUUCAGGUGGCAAGUUACAUGUCUCUUGUGUCAAGCUUGGGAAGCCAAUUGGGCACGGUCCUCCAAACGGAAGUUUUUCUAUCAGGACUCGGCGACAAAGAACGCAGACUUGAAAGGCUGGCCAUAAUUUACAGCCUCCCGAAAACGUUGCUCAUGUGGGGCAUGAUCUUCUUCUUUGCGGCAUUUUCCCUCCAUUGGUGGACACCCGGAGAUCAAACUACCAGAGCCGUUGUUGGUUCUGUGAUAACGGUCGCACUUGCAAUGAUCUUGUACGGCAUCGUUCGGGCCAAGUAUGGAGGAGAUCGCUGGUGGCGAAUGCCAAUAGUGCUACUUGCAAGAAUUGGCCUGAAACUACCAACUCAUCUGGCUGACGCUGGCAAGCGAAUCAUGGUGUUCAUCUGGAUGAGCAAAGCUCGGUUUGUCCAAGAUCCCCCUCGAUCAGAGACUGAAGGAGUUGUUCUGGCUCCACCGAGUAGUCCUGCAUGCCGCUCUCAAACAAACGCCGAGGCAAGUAUUUUGGGGCGCGGCGCAUCCUAUCCAACAACUCCACCUAGUUUCCAAACCAGACUACCCAGCCCGGAGAAUCAUGAACACCACCCAAACUCUUCUAUUCUCUCAACUCCAUCCCAACCCACCGCUUCUGUGGAUCUACAUCUACAACCGCAUGACGGCAUUCCCAUGCUUCCACAAUCAGAUCCGCACAUCAGCCCUGGCGGUUUACCAGGCGUUGGCUCAUUGCAGCAGAUUCGAGAGUUCCAGAUUAUAUUCCGGUCUACUGCAGAGGCUCGCUAUGAACCUGAUACUGCACCCUUAGGCGUGCCUGGUUUUUGUUGCACUGAAGGAAUGGAGGUUAUGGACUGCACCGCGAAUGUGGUCGAGGAGCCAGAGGAAUUGGAACACCCUCAACCUUCAUCAAGCUAGUCCGGUGCACCUGACUUUGAGGACGGGCACAAUAAGGAGUGCAAGACUAGGAGAAAUGGCUCAUUAUACGAUGAAGACUAGUACUGCCGGGGUGAGCACUAGCGCACUGCUGACCGAUAAGUAUUACCAGUCGGAAGUGUACCAUAGUAAAAAAGUGUCCUUAGAAUUCGGCUUUUGUUACCGACGCUGAACGUCCUGCAACUUGACUACGGAGUAUUCGACGCAUGAUCCCAACUCGCAAAAUACAAGUACACGUAUCACACAUUCAAUAUAUGAUGG